UGAAAAUUAAGAGAAUUUUAUGAAUUAGAAUUGAUGAUAAACUUCUUAUGAACACCAAAAUUCUUUCAUAUUAUAAUAUGAAAAAGGAAAGAGUUAGAGUCUACAUCACAAAACACUAGGUGUGAUAGGGUCCACCAUCCAAAACGAGCUCAUCGCAAUCUGAUAAAGUUGUUACGAAUGAAUCUCCACCGUUCAUCUAAAUCAACGGCUCACGUUCCGCGUGUCUACUUAUGUCAUCCGGAAUCCACAAGACACCGCGUUCUUUCUCUCUCGCUCCUCUCUUUCUCUCUCUUCUCCCACUCUGCUCGGCGCUGAUGAUGGUCAUGGUGGAGCAACCCUGAAAAGCCACCCACUCAACAACGUCGCCUCGGUCCUACUCUGCAGAUUGAAUCUACAUUUACUUAAAUAGAGUAAAAAACAUGGGGUGCUCUGCCUCCUAGUUGACUGAAAAAGUAAGAACAAGAUUCUUACAUUACAUUUGUUAUGGAUGUUGAUGUGAUUGACGUUGAAGGGAUGAGUCAUCGUGCAAUGGCAAAUGAUGGAGAUGCCGAACCCAAUGCGAGUAGAGACUCAAGUACAGCUGAAACUAUCACAGUUCAUGAUGAUGAUGAUGGGAUUGGUGAGCCUUAUUUGGGAAUGGAAUUUGAUUCUGAGGAUGCUGCCAAAUUUUUUUACGAUGAGUAUGCAAUACGUGUUGGUUUUCACUCUAAAGCUGGUCCAUCUAGUCGUUCUAAAUCUGAUGGGUCGAUCAUUUCUCGGGAAUUUAUAUGUGGCAGAGAUGGGGUAAGAAGGCAGGCUGAUAGUUGUGAAGCAAUGCUUAAGGUAGAAUUAAAAGGUCAAGAUAAGUGGGUUGUAACAAAAUUUGUGAAGGAGCACAGCCAUUCAUUGGUUAAUCCCAACAAACUUCAUUAUAUUAGGCCGCGUAGGCAUUUUGUGGGUACUGCAAAGACCGUGUCUGAAGCUUACCAAGGGACAGGGGCUGUUCCUAGUGGGGUUAUGUUUGUAUCAAUGGAUGGAAACCGUUCUUCUGCAGAGAAAAAUAGUGGAGUUAGGCAUAGUCCAACUGAGUUCAACCGAUCAGUGAAGAAUUCUGCAACCAUGAACUAUGCUGUUAAUCCUUUCAAUCGAAAAAGGACCCUAGGGAGGGAUGCUCAGAAUUUGCUGGAAUAUUUCAAGAAAAUGCAGGCUGAGAACCCUGGUUUUUUCUAUGCAAUUCAACUUGAUGAAGAGAAUCGCAUGACUAAUGUAUUCUGGGCAGAUGCAAGGUCAAGAACUGCUUACAGUCAUUUUGGUGAUGCAGUAACUCUGGAUACAACUUAUAGAGUAAAUCAGUCUAGGGUGCCGUUUGCUCCAUUUACAGGGGUAAACCAUCACGGCCAGACAAUUUUGUUUGGUUGUGCAUUACUUCUUGAUGAGUCAGAAGCUACUUUUACAUGGCUUUUCAAGACAUUUCUUACAGCAAUGAAUGAUUGCCCACCUACCUCUAUUACCACUGAUCAAGACAGAGCAAUACAGACUGCAGUUGCUAGUGUUUUUCCGGAAUCUCGACAUCGUAUUAGCAAGUGGCAUGUUUUAAGAGAAGGUCAGGAGAAGUUGGCUCAUGUUUGUCAUGCUCAUCCUAAUUUUCAAUCAGAACUUUAUAACUGUAUCAAUUUAACUGAAACUAUAGAGGAGUUUGAAUCAUCUUGGAAUUUUAUCAUUGAUAAAUAUGACCUCAGGAGAAAUGAUUGGCUGUUGACAUUGUAUAACGCCCGUGAUAAAUGGGUUCCUGUCUAUUUUCGAGAUUCUUUUUUUGCUGCAAUAUCUUCCAAUCUAGGAUAUGAUGGUUCCUUUUUUGAAGGUUAUGUGAAUCAACAGACAACUUUACCAACGUUCUUUAGGCAGUAUGAAAGAGCUUUAGAAAGCUGUUUUGAGAAGGAAACAGAAGCUGAUUUCGAUACAAUUUGCAACACACCGGUGUUGAGGACACCAUCUCCUAUGGAAAAACAGGCAGCGAAUCUGUAUACACGGAAAAUUUUCACAAAAUUCCAAGAAGAGCUAGUUGAAACUUUUGUGUACACUGCAAAUAAAAUUGAGGGUGAUGGAGCUAUUAGCACUUUCAGGGUUGCUAAAUUUGAGGAUGACAAUAAAGCUUAUCAUGUCACUCUGAACUAUUCUGAGAUGAAAGCUAACUGUAGUUGUCAAAUGUUUGAGUAUUCAGGCAUUCUUUGUAGACAUGUUUUGACUGUUUUCACUGUCUCAAAUGUACUUACAUUGCCUUCGGCUUACAUUUUAAAACGUUGGACGAGAAAUGCAAAGAGUGGAGCUGGCUUAGACGAACACAGUAGCGAUUCACAUGCUCAUGAGUCUCUUACAUUACGAUACAAUAAUUUAUGUCGGGAAGCCAUUAGGUAUGCUGAAGAAGGUGCCAUUGCUACAGAAACUUACAAUGCUGCAAUGAAUGCCCUUAGAGAUGGCGGGAAGAAAAUUGUUAUUGCUAAGAAAAAUGCUGCUAAAGUUGCACCUCCUUGCACGGAAAGUUACGAUGAUAGAAGAAAUUCUACUUUAACUUCAGAUUCAACUCCAUUGUUAUGGCCACGCCAUGAUGAAGUGUUAAGACGUUUUAAUCUUAAUGAUGCUAGUGCUCCUCUGCAAACUGUUGCUGAUUUGAAUUUGCCACGUAUGGGCCCAGUUUCUCUUCACAGAGAUGACGGUACUCCUGAAAAUAUGGUUGUACUUCCUUGUUUAAAGUCAAUGACUUGGGUGAUGGAAAAUAAGAAUUCAACACCCGGGAAUAGAGUUGCUGUCAUUAACCUGAAGUUACAAGAUUAUAGUAGAACUCCAUCAGCAGAGUCAGAGGUUAAGUUUCAACUUUCAAGAGUAUCAUUAGAACCCAUGCUGAGGUCUAUGGCCUACAUAAGUGAACAGCUAUCAACACCAGCUAAUAAGGUUGCUGUCAUAAAUUUGAAGCUUCAAGACACUGAAACAACCUCAGGGGAGUCAGAGGUUAAAUUUCAGGUAUCCAAGGAUACAUUAGGCGCCAUGCUGAGAUCAAUGGCCUAUAUUCGUGAGCAGCUCUCAAAUCCUGUCGACAUGCCUCUGGAGCCACUAGCGAAGAAGCAGCGAAAGUGACAUCACUGCAUUCUAAUUGUUUGCCCCGGAUAUAGAAUCGGGGCUCGAUCACCCAAUUGUAUGUAACCACACAACUCCUGGAGACAAAAAUGUUCUGAUCAGGUUAGAGAUGCUCAUGUGUCACAUAUUUAUUUCGGGUAGCUGGGUAGCCACUCCUUUUUUCACAGAAGCUCGUAUUUAGCAUAUUUGUACAUGUAGAGUAUCAAACUUGAGGAACCGAAAGCAUGAAAGAGAAUUCAUGGUUGGUAAUAAGGCACAGAUUGAUUGAAACCCCAGAAUUAGACAUAUCUUUAGAAGAAGAAGCAUGGUCGAUUCUUCUUCUAUGGCGAUUGUGAGAAACUUCUGCAGCUUUUCACUUUGUGUAAACAUUGCCGAUUAAGUAAGAAACAGAUAUUUGAAAGGCGAGUGGGGCAAGUCAGGGGAAAAAUUGAUUGAGAUCUGGUUGGCAUUGUAGUUGAGAGGUCAUUCAGUGUCUUGUAUAUUCUUCUUCUUGUCAUAAAUGGCAUUUGUAUAUAUUUUGUUGGCAAAUAAGAUACUUUUGUUAAAACAAAAAUUUCACAUUUUAAGUAUUAGAAUUAAUUAAUAUUAA